AACGCGGUUCCAAACUGGCCCAAACCGACUAACGCUGCAAAGGCCAGGCCGCACUAACUCCUCCGAGAUCUGCCGCCGCCGCCUGCAUCUUUGCCAUUGCAGUUCAUUUGCGUACCUUCCCAGUCGUCUCCUUUGUCGCCGUGCCGCUACCACAGCAGCAUCGACAACAGAUAAGUGGCGGAUUCAGGAAUUUGGGGUUGGGAGUCUGGGCAGGCGCCAGGAACCGACAGCACACAAGAGCCCGCCAUCUCUCUCUAGCCACUGCGGCUGCAGUUUCUCUCCCGGUCUGGAGUCCGGUUGAGAGACACACGGUGACCCAGUGCCCACAGUCAGAGUUAAGAGUUUUUCUGUCAAUCCUGGUGCAAGCGCUCGGAGAAGGAUCUGGUCUCUCAGAUCGUGAACAAAAUUAUAAUCUCAAUUCGGAUAGUGUUGAUAUUUUUGUCAGCUUAGUUAAGCAAGCGGCAACUUUUGACUAAGCCUUCUUAAGCCCUGAACAUGUCUCCGCCAACAGUGCCUCCGACAGGGAUAGAUGGCGUGUCUGCAUACCUGAUGAAGAAAAGGCACACCCACAGGAAGCAGCGGCGCAAGCCCACUUUCCUCACUUGCAGGAAUAUAGUGGGCUGUCGCAUUCAGCACGGUUGGAAAGAAGGCAAUGAGCCUGUGGAGCAGUGGAAGGGCACCGUGCUCGAGCAGGUUUCUGUGAAGCCCACACUCUACAUCAUUAAAUACGAUGGCAAAGACAGCGUGUAUGGACUAGAACUACACCGAGAUAAGAGAGUUUUAGCGCUAGAGAUUCUUCCUGAGAGAGUGCCAGCUCCUCGUAUUGAUUCACGCUUGGCAGAUUCCUUGAUUGGGAAGGCAGUGGGGCAUGUGUUUGAAGGCGAGCACGGUACAAAAGAUGAAUGGAAGGGUAUGGUGCUGGCGCGAGCCCCCGUGAUGGAUACUUGGUUUUACAUCACCUAUGAGAAAGAUCCGGUCCUCUAUAUGUACACCUUGCUGGAUGACUACAAAGAUGGUGACCUUCGAAUCAUUCCAGAUUCCAGCUACUAUUUUCCUACAGCAGAAAGGGAGCCUGGAGAAGUGGUGGACAGCCUCGUGGGCAAGCAGGUGGAGCACGCCAAAGAUGACGGGUCCAAGAGAACUGGCAUUUUCAUCCAUCAAGUGGUGGCCAAGCCGUCUGUCUACUUUAUUAAGUUUGAUGACGAUAUUCACAUUUAUGUCUAUGGUUUGGUGAAAACCCCGUAAGUUUAUUGUGCUCUUUACAGAAGCUGUGGCGUUAUUAGAUAUAAAAUAUCUUGUUUUCUCAUAAUUGUAAGUUUUGAGAACAGUUUUGACUCAAAAUUCCGGAAAGUAGGUAAAUGUUAUUGUGCCUCCAAAUCUUACAUUAUCUAAUUCCACAGCUCUGGCCCAAUAUACUGUGAUAAUUUUGAUAUAUAUUCUGUAAUUGAAAUUUUUAAUUGGAGGCUAAUAGAAAAAUAAAGUGCAACCAAUGGAACAAUGAAAAAGCAAAUCAACUCCACACCAUGUCCUUCUUCCCCACGUUUUACUUGCCUCUUUUUCUUCCCAGGUAACAAGUGUUGAAACCAUGACACAUCUUCCCUCUUUUCUCUGUCCUCGAGGUUUGUUGCAGUAGUUUCUCUAAAAAUGGCAAGUUAUGAGCAUUUAUCUAAUUGCUUUUCCCACUUUGCAUACAGAUGAUAUUCCAACAGACUCAAAGACACAGUCCAUGCUUCUGUCUUUGCCACUAUCUUUCACUCUUACUCUCCUGCUUACUGUUUCAUAUACAGUGUAUGUAGAAGUGCCAAAAAAGUAUUCAACCAUUCUGUUAUUAAUGAUUAUUUAUUUCCUUUUUCCUUAUUGUAACAGUGCCAAAGUAUGCUGGUUCUUUUAGUUCUAUAUUCUCAGAACUGCUAAAUAGGUAUAUGUUUAAUUUUAAGAAAUAUUAUGAGAAUACCUGAAAUGAAUUCAGGUCUCCCUUUCCAGCAUCUUCUACAGCAGUCUUCAACAUUUGAAAAUCUGAAAAGCAAGAAUUACAUUGCAUUGCUUGUCACUUUAAUUGGCUUUUACCAGAUUUCAAGAAUUAUUUUUUUUUCUAUUAGGACAUUUCACUUUGUGAUUUGACUGUGGCUAUCCUUUGUUCAUUGAUCUAUUGCAUUGUUGAUUUUUUCUUAUAAAUUUGUAGAAAUUCCCAUUAUAAAGUGCAUUUAGUCAUUUGUAACUCAUGUUAUGAUUUUUUCAUUGUAACAUUAAUCCUGACUUUAUUGAUGACAUGUCUUACUUUAUAAUUUUAAAAUUUUUAGGUGGGCCACUAUUUUUUAUAGUUUUUUUUUUUUGUUUCUUAUCUUUUUCAGAUGGAUGCCCCUCACUUGUCAAAUAUUCACCUACAUUUUUCUAAUCAUUUUGUUUUUAAAGUUUAAGUAUUUCAUCCAUAUGAAAUUUAUUUUUAUAGAGUUUAAAAUAGAGAUCCAACUACACAUUUUGUUUACAUUCAUUGGUUAUCUGAUUUGUACCAAUUUUCAAAUAUCUGAGCCAUUAUGACAUAGAUGUAAUUAUAGUGGCAGAUCAUAGCUUUUAGAAUCUGGUAAAGCAAGCCUUUCAUUAAUAUUUUUUAUCAUAUAUUUUUUCCUUAACGUUUAUUCUUUCAUAUGAAAAUUCAAAAUAUUUUUGACAUUUAAAAAGUGUCUGAUGUCUUAAUUAGAGAUGCAGUAAAUUUUGCAUUCUCCUUUCAAGGAUUAUUUAAUAAUAUUAACCUUUAACAUUCAAAAGUUUUGGUACAUUAUUGAAAAUUUUACUCUUGUUUCCGUGCUAUUCUUUAUAUCAUAUGUACCUGAAUUUAUUUUGUAAUUUUUAUACACAUCAAAUUGUAACAUUAUUAAUUGGACAGUUUUUUCUUUCUCAUUUGUAACUUGUUAUUUGGGGUAAUAAAAGAAACCUAUGGAAUUUUAUAUUUUUAUCUUUUAUCCAAUGAUUUUUAAAUCCUAAUUUACCGUAGACAUUUAAAAUAGAAUAUUUUGGAUUUUCUGGGUAUCCAGGUAAUCAUUCCACAUGUAACUUGAGAUUAUUUUAUUUCUUCUAAUGUUCAUACUGAUUAUUAUAUUAGCUGCUUUCUCCAGAACAAUGUUGUAUAACAAUAAUGACACACAUAACUCUCUUAUUUUUAUUUCUCAUGUAAAUGUCUUUGGAAUUUCAUACUGGUAUGAUAUUUGCUGUUGGUUAUUGGUGCAUAGUUGCUAACAUGUUUAGAAGUUUCUGUUCUUCCUGUUUUACAUAGCAUUAUUAGUAGAAGUGGCUCCUGGAUUUUAUCAAAUGUCUUUUCAUAAUUAUUGUUAAAAUUUAUCAUUUUUCUUUUCCCUUAAUUUGUUAAUGUACUCAUUUAGGGUGGUUGGUAUUUGAUCUGGAACCAAACAUGAAUUUCUGAAAUAAAUUCCACUUGGCCAUGGUGAAAUAAUUAUGUUUUACAUUGCUAGAUUUUAUUCACCAAUAUUUUAUUUAGAAUUACCUUAUUUGCAUUCCAAAUCAGAAUUAUUUUUUUCUUAUGCUCUGUAUAUCAAUUUUUGUUAAAGUUGUGCUAGCUUUAAAAAAUAUGACUUGAUAAGUUUUCAGUCUUUUCCUGUGAACUGAAAUAAUUUAAAUAACAUUAGAAUUUUUGUUCUUUAAAAAUUAUCUAGUAAGAAGCUAUAAAACAGUUUAAUCCUGGUGACACUUUUGAUUAUAGAUAUUUAAUCAGUAGUCUGAUUUUUUCAAUGGCAAUUAGUUUAUUCAAGUUUUUGUUAAAAAGGAAUAUAUAUUUUGUGUGAGAUAGAGAGUUCCAGGUUGUUUCUAUUAUCAAGCUUGUUAACUGUACUCUUCAAAUGCUGUAAGUCUUCAUGUAUUUUAUGCUAAUUAGAUCUGUCCAAUUCUAAAAAUGUAAUAA